AUGACCACCGCCAGCGUCGGGUUCAUUGGCGCGGGCCGCCUGGCGGAGCGCGUCGCGCGCCACGUCGUCCAGCACGUGACGCCGCAGCGCAAGUUCUGCUACGACAAGCAGCGCCUCGUGUCCACGUUGCUCGCGUCGGACCCGUGCGCCGCGCGUCGCCGCGUGUUUGCGCGUCUCGGCUUUACCACAACGGACGCGAACCAGGACGUAUUGGCCGACUGCGACGUCGUUUUCCUCGGUACGGACGCGCGCGCAGCGCUCGCGGCCCACGCAACGAACGCCCGUACGCUCUACGUGAGCCUCAUGGGCGACCUGCCCACGCGUGCGGUCGAGAAACUCCUCUGUCCAGGCGCCAAAGUCAUUCGGCUGAUGCCGCAGAGCGACCUGGCGAAACAGGGGCUGCCCAGAGGUGUGCUCCCGUUGCGCUCGUGGGCGACGGUCCGCGGCGCCCACGCGAGCGGUUGCGACCUGAAGCACGUCAUGCGGCUCGCUGGCAUUGAGCAGGGCAUUGAAGUGGACGAGGCGUCGACGACGUGGAGCUUUAUGCACCGAUCAGGUGUUGAGCGGGAGCUGGGGCACAAGAGCGGACGGACGUAUGACGUCGGUGCGACGAUGGGCGGCCCCGCUGCUGCGCUGUCGAAGCGUGCUGUGCACACGCUUGGCAGUCGUGGUGGUUGUACCCGAUACAGUAGAGCACGGACAGACGCAGGGGCGGCCGAGUUCAACGACACGUAUGCGGUUGUACGGGAGCUCGCAGCGAGCAAGUUCUCUCGCGUCAAUGAGGUCACGCACCGCGAGACGGGGCAGCAGUUUGCCGUGAAGAUCGUUCGAGACGACGAUUCGGCGCCGGAAGGACGGGAGAUGCUGGUGGCAGAGGUGGGGGCACUCAAUCGCCUGGCGCACCCACACAUUAUAUCGCACCAUGGCUUGUACAAGGAAGCAGGAACGUACUUGCUCGUGCUCGAGUACUGCAACUACGGCAGUGUCGGCGGCUUGAUGGACGAGCUCAAGGUCGUUCCGGAGCACGUGGCGAAACGGAUUCUGAAGCAGACGCUGGCGGCGCUCGCGUAUUGCCACGAGAUGGGACAAGUGCAUCGAGAUGUCAAGGCGGAGAACGUGCUGCUGUGUGCGAGCGAAGACGGUGUGCUCACGGUCAAGCUGGCUGACUUUGGUCUAUCGGAGGAGCUACAGCACGGCAGCCGCCACCUCCAGACGAUGUGUGGCACGCCACAAUACCUGAGCCCUGAGCUAGUGUCUGGACGUCGGCAUGGUGCACCAGCGGACAUUUGGGGCGCAGGUAUCCUCGCCUACAUGAUGCUGAGCGGGCUGGUCCCGUUCCACGAAGCAAGGAACGACACGGAGCUGUUCAAGCUCAUUAGCCUCGGUGCCGUGUGGUACGACCAGCCACAAUGGGCCGAUGUGUCGCCAGCUGCAAAAGACUUUGUGCAGCGCAUGCUCGAAGUGUCGGUCGAGUCGCGUUGUACAGCAGCAGAGCUCUUGCAGCACGACUGGCUCCGCGACGCAUGA